AUGGUCAAGCUUGUUUGUGCGAUCGUUGGUGUGGCUGGAAGCGCUUUCCCUGUGGACAUCGACGCGAGCCAGCUGGUGGGAGACUUGAAGAAGGCGAUCAAGGCGGAGAAGCCGAAUGACUUCAAAGAUGUUGAUGCAGACAAGCUGCAUCUCUUCCUGGCGAAGCAGCCCGUCGAAGAUGAGAGCGGCAAAGAGGUCGUCCCUGUUUACCGCCCUACUGCGGAGGAGAUGAAGGAGGAAAGUUUUCAGUGGCUCCCAGACGAACAUCGGGCUGCUCUGAAGCUGGUGGAAGGAGAAUCUGAUGACUACAUAUAUGCGCUGACGGCCGGAGAACCGAUUCUGGGCUCAAAGACCUUAACAACGUGGUUUUACACGAAGAACAACAUGGAGCUUCCAUCCAGUGAGCAAAUUCACGUGCUGGUGGUGGUUCCGAAAGGUAAAAACGACCGCUCUGCAGCCAUGGCAAUCGGCGUGGCACCCUCUUUGCCACCAACUACAAUACACCGGCACCCCGAACGUCUCAAACGAUGGGCUGCGAUCAAUGCAAUGAUUCGUCAGAAGAAUCAAGAGGCGAACCAGAAGACCACGAGUGAAGACACCAAGAAAACAAGCAAAAAGCGGAAAAAUCACGAUGUCGACAAGACUGUGGGCUAUUCGAGUCUUUGUUGGGAAGAUAUCAAACCUAUUUACAACUUCGACGAUUCUUUCGACCUUCAACCAAGCGAUAUACCUGAUGCUGACAUCGAGCUACCCCUCGCUCGUAUUCGUGACUUGCGGGAACUCUAUGGAAAAAUGUCGGAUGAAAAAGAAGCCAAGAGAUUGUUUUUUAUCGCCCCGAUCCUUGAGACAGUCAGUCGUCUGCUUAAGAACGUCCGCAUAUUAGUCGAAGAAGACGUGGUUGGGAAGAACGUGCUCCUGAAAGGUCGAUUCGAGUUCGUGCUCAAGCGUGGCACCAAGAGAAUUUCACUUGUCCAAGCAAAGCGUGAAGAUAUGCUGCAAGGAAUGGUUCAGAAUGUGACGGGGCUCGAAGCUCUUGUGAUGUCGAAGAUCUCACUGUGACGUAUGGCAUUGUGACGAAUUUUCUCGAGUGGAAGUUCUUGAUCAGUGGCGACGAGAAGGUCAGAGAGCAUGAGACUGUUCUUCCUCAAGCGGAUACCAUACCGUCGUUUGAAGGAUUGAAAGAAAUUGUGGGGAAAAUUUACGCGAUGCUGCAA